AUGGAUCAAGACAGCGGAAAUCCAGCCACGAAAAAGGUUCGUAAUAGAGAGGAGGCAUUGAAUCCAAGCCCAGAUCUAGCAGAAGAGUCCCCAAUUGAAAACAGCACAGAAGUAAAUAGGGCGAAUAUCCCAUCAUUCAAGGAGUCUCUCCUUCAGAACAAUCCAGGAGCCAAUAGCAAGGGAUUUCACCAUGAUACCGUCCGGACGGAACCCGGCGACGUCACGUACACAAUUGAGGAUGGUAUGCCUGCAGUCAACUUCGCUGACAGAAUCAAAAAGAAGAUGGAAUACGCAAUGUCAUACUCCCUGGUGGGGACACCGGGAAUCGUGGACCACACUAACGCCUCACCUUCAGACGCAACGGACAAUCGUCAGGCGGGACCCCUGGUGUCUCAGUCUCCUUCAACGGUCGACGCAAGUUGGGAAAGAGCAGUGCGGCUACCGAUGCAACACCAACAAUGCCCCAACAUGGGAGAGUGGAGUCACGCGCAGAAACGUGGGAGGAGGAUGGCUAAUAAUAUCAAUAAUCAGAUGGCUAACCACAAGUCCAGCACUUAUGGAAAACAAACGAGAACCCAACAGUCACCAUCGAAUCCAUUUGCACCAUUGGCAGAAAUGGAUCAAGAGCCUUUCGGGAAGUGGAAGGUAAGCCCAACUCCGAAUACUUCUUUUAUUACUGACCCAUCUUGUAGUUUCUCGGCAGGAACGGGCCCAGAACCAGACAGGGGCGCAGCAGGCCCAAAAGGAAGAAAACAGAGCCCCAUUACCAGAAUAGGUAAACGCAAAUCGACUGUGGCAACCCAUGACAAAACGUGGACUAAAAAACCUUCCCAGCCCAAAACCAAUACCCAGGAGAUAGCCCUUUGUGAUCCCCAAUGCACCAUGACCACUAAUGGCCUGAAUCCUGUUAUCGAACAUGGUACCCCCCUUUCAGACCAAAAGACAACCUUAUCAGUAGCAAACGACCAGAUCCCAGCUCCAGAGAAAGCAUCGGAGCCGGAAACAAUCGAUCUGAGGAGUACCGCCGUCCAAAAUCUGAAGCACACAGCAGUGCGGCUACCUCAUCCCAACCCACCCAAACCUAAAACAACACUUGCUUCCAGUCCAGUACAGUCGUCAAACGUCAUACUGGUCGAAGACAAGCCACCCGACCUAAAUCGGGCCUUUCACCUCAAACCUAAGUUGAAGAUUCAGUAUGGGAGUGAAAGGGAUCCACCCGGUACCGAUGAAGAGAUGGAAGCAGUUACCGAUUUGGAAGGCGGAGAGACGGUGGAAGACCAACGGAGAGUGGCGGGAGAACGCCUUGAGAAUGAUCAUAGGAUCGAGUCAGUGGGGUAUUCGGGGGGUGCAGCUGAUCAACCGUGGUUGGUUUUCGGAGAUUUUAACGCAUUCACAAGUGAGGCGGACAAGAUAGGUGGCCGUCGAUCAACUGGGUGCAGUAGGUUCAGGGAAUGGAUUGUAAGGGCUGGAAUGAUGGAUUUGGGCUUUGAGGGGUCUCGUUUUACAUGGAAAUGGGGGCGGGUGCACGAACGUUUAGAUAGAGCUCUUGUGAAUGAGAAAUGGGACACUCUGUUUGGUAAAACGGUAGUUAAACAUCUGCCUAGAGCUAUGUCUGAUCAUUCUCCCUUGCUGAUAAGCUUCCGCGGGAGAGUCAAUUUACCGAAGAGAGGAGGUUUCUUUAAGUACUGGGCGGCAUGGGAAGCCCAUGAUAAGUGGGAAGAUUGGCUGACAGCCAACUGGAAUAAUGACCUUGAAUUCCCGGAGGCAAUAUGGAAGCUCACAGCAAACAUCAAUGAUUGGAAAUACAAGAUUUUUGGUGACAUCAACAAGAGGAAAAAGAAAUUACUGAGGGAGGAAUAUGAGGCCACGGUUUCUCAGGAAGACCUACUUAGAACUCAGAAUGCAAGAGCGGUGUGGCUGUCGCAAGGUGAUCGCAACACGAAACAUUUUCAUUCGAAGUUCAAGGAUAAGAGGAAGGGUUUGAAGAUCAGGGCAAUACAACUGGAAGAUGGAUCGUGGGUGUCGGAUGUACGAAGACUGGGGGAAGAAGCGACGAACUUUUUCAGAAAUGUCUAG